AUGGCUUUCAAAAAUCUUCAGCACCUGCUUCAGGAAAGCUCAUCUCAGGAACCCAAUAGAAGAUUUAUCUAUUAUCCAUUGGGAUGCACUGACGAGCCUACGACCUGUACGUACAAACAACUCCUACAACAUGCGCAACACGCCUCUUGGUCACUUCGUGCGAGAUCCAUCGACUCUGAUCUGCAACCUGGCUCUCCUGUUCUUUUGCACUUGGAGUCUCACUGGGACAACGUUGUGUGGUUUUGGGCUGUGAUCCUUGCAGGGUGCGUGCCUGUCAUAUCUACCACGCUUCCGAAUAACUCGUCACUUCGAACGGCACAUUUGACUCAUUUGUCAAAUACAUUAAUGGACCCUCUAUGCCUAACUCAGAAAGACUUGGUAUCCGAGUUUAGCCGGCAAGGAUUCACAAAAAUAAUGGGAGUCGAUUCACUUGAUCACCAGACCGUUCUUGCUAUGGAAGAUUUCACCAAGUCUAAAUUGAGUGACACGGCAGUCAUGAUGCUGACCUCGGGCAGCACGGGGAAGUCCAAAGCUGUUUGCCUCAGCCAUGGUCAGAUUUUGGCUGCUCUAGAGGGGAAGAUGUCCGUUGUGGAUCUCCACGGGGAGAGCUUUCUGAACUGGAUUCGGCUCGACCAUGCUGCCUCUCUUAUUGAAAUCCAUUUGCAAGCCAUAUUGGCCCAGAAGGAUCAGGUUCAUGUUCACAGCGCCGAUGUCCUGUCGAAUCCCAUCAAUUUCAUUGAUCUCAUCGAUAAGCACAGAGUUACCAGAACUUUUGCCCCGAAUUCCUUCUUGGCUAAGCUUCGAACCGCACUCUCUGAUAAACCAAAUGCACUUGAAAAGACAAACGGUGCUUCUACAAAUGGCUCCUCCACAAACGGUGCCUCUCAUCACUGGGAUCUCAGUUGCUUGAACUACGUGGCAUCAGGAGGAGAAGCAAAUGUGACCAAAACAUGCAAUCAAGUUUCGGCGUUGCUUUCUCAAUAUGGAGCUCCGCCACAUGUCAUAGUUCCUGGAUUUGGAAUGACAGAGACCUGCGCUGGUGCGAUAUUUAACACUCGAUGCCCGCAAUAUGAUAUUGCGCACAAGAUGGUGUUUACCUCCGUUGGAACUUGUAUGCCUGGAAUUGAGAUGAGGAUCUCAGAUGACUCAAGCAGCAAUACCCGUCUCGCGCCAGGGGGAACGGGUAAUCUCGAGCUCAAGGGCUCAGUAGUUUUCAAGAACUAUUUCAACGAUCCCCAAUCAACAGCAAACUCAUUCACCAGCGAUGGGUGGUUUAAAACCGGCGACCGGGGUUUUAUUGAUCAAAACACCGGCUAUUUAACUUUGACAGGACGACUCAAAGAGACAAUGAUCAUCAAUGGGGUCCACUACAGUCCCUUCGGGAUUGAAAGCCUGCUCGAUCAGUCAGAGAUCAUAGGUCUCACACCUAGCUUCAACUGCUGUUUCUCCUAUUUUCCCUCUGGUGCAGAUACAGAAGUGAUCUGUUUAGUUUAUCUGCCAACCUAUAAGCCAGAAGAUAUGGUGACCCGAGUGCGAACAACCGAAGCCAUUUCCAGGAUUGUCAUGAUGGCUACUGGCUCACGUCCAGAGAUCAUUCCAUUGAAUGAAUCUAUUUUGCAACAGUCGGCCCUUGGCAAGCUCUCUCGUCAGAAGAUCAAGACAAGUUAUGAGAAUGGCGAAUACAAAUACUACCAAGAUAUAAAUAGCGAGAUGCUAAGGCUUUAUUACAAAGCAGUACGAGCUCCCCCGAAGGAUGAGCUUGAGCGAAGUAUUCUCGCCGUUUAUAUUGAAUCGCUCGGGCUCUGCGAGGAGGAAUUCGGUGUGGAAACACCAAUAUUCGACGUUGGAAUCACCUCCAUGGAGCUCAUAAAACUUAAGAGAGACCUUGAAGAAAAGGCGGACAUGGGCCGGGAAAUACCAUUGACCGCUGUGAUGACAAGCUCGACGGUUCGUGACCUGAGAAACGUGCUACAUGAGCUCCAAUCCCCUCGAGCGUAUAGCCCUUUGGUUAUCCUGCAAGAUAAAGGCAACAAGGCUCCCCUUUGGCUAGUCCACCCUGGCGCAGGCGAGGUUCUCGUCUUCCUUAAUUUGGCAAAAUAUAUGAAGGACCGACCAGUGUAUGCUUUGCGCGCACGAGGAUUUAACGAAGGCGAAACACCUUUCUCCACGAUCAAAGAAACAGUCCUCAGCUAUUAUGGUGCCAUAAAAAUGCAACAGCCCCAUGGGCCAUAUGCAUUGGCUGGAUAUUGUUACGGCGCUAUGAUUGCGUUUGAGUUGGGAAAGCUUCUUGAAAAGAAUGGCGAUGAAGUGAAGUUUGUCGGGGCUUUCAAUCUUCCUCCGCAUAUCAAAUUGCGAAUGCGCGACCUCGAUUAUAGAGAGUGUUUGCUUCACCUAGCCUACUUCUUAAGUCUGAUGAGCGAAGAGCGAUCGAGGGAGCUCGCAUUGGAGCUCAAAGGUCUUUCAGAGGAAGAAGUGUUCGACGGGAUGAUGAGAAACGCAUGUCCGGCUCGCCUGGCAGAACUUUCAUUCUCAAAGUCCAGCUUGGUGAGAUGGGCUUCCCUUGCAUAUGUACUGCAUAGUAUGGCAGUCGAUUAUGAUCCGGAGGAAUCCGUAGCCAGUGUUGAUGUGUUUUAUUGCACCCCGUUGGCCAUAGCGGCAGCAACCAAAGAAGAAUGGCUAAAUGAUCAUCUUAGUAAGUGGCAAGAUUUUUCAAGAGCUGAAACUGGAUUCUACGAAGUUCCCGGAAGACAUUACACAAUGCUGUUGCCCGAGCAUGUGUUUGAGUUCCAGAAGAUCUUGCGAGGUGUAUUGGAGGCUCGUGGGAUUUAA